AUGAAGGUCGAUGAAAAGAACGGUUCUGUGGCUGUAGAACAUAGUGGCGAUCAAGAGGGUGUUGUGCAGUCUAAAGAAAAUGUGGCGCAGAGAUGGCUCAGAGCUGCGUCGUUUAAAGAAAUUUUGGGAUCCGAUGCUAGCCAUAAGUCACUUUUCCUACUUGUUGCACAUGAAAGUGGCGAACAAGGUGUACUCCUUCUCAACAAGUCACCUUUCUCCGAAAGUACUGAGGACAUUGCUGCUAUUCUCGAAUCGGCUGAGUUGUCUGAGAUAAUGAAAAAUGAUAUAUUUGGAAGCUACGAUGUACUUAUUCCUUCUAAUAUGAACGUGGUGAAGUCCACUCUAAUAUAUCCUGCUAAUGAAAAAGUGAUAGCAAAGUAUCGUCAAGAAGAAAAGUUCAUCAUUAACGAAACGGCUGAAGACUAUGAAACGAUUACCGUUGAGUACAUCAAGAAGUAUCAAAUGGAUCUCAAGGUAAGGUUUACGGAAUCUAUGUCAAGAUUUUCUUAG